UGUUUCUCGCCGUGUCAUGUGGACGUCAAACUGACGGGCUUUGGGGUUGAAAGCUCCUCAGCGACUCUUCCAGAAAUCCCUAACGGUGGUCUGAGGACUACCCACCGCUGCAAAGACUCUUCCUGAGGGCGUUGCGAAAGGCUGUGGGCCGGUGGGAGCGAUGGCGGACGGGGAACGGUCGCCGCUGCUGUCCGAGCAGCACGACGGGACCAACGGCUUCUCUCCCGGGGGCAGCUCGCAUGGUAAUCCGUCUAAACCACAGAGUUUAGCGCCGUUCCCCAGCUUGGUGGCACCCAGCGAUCCUCCGCCCCCGUACUCACCACAGGGCAGCCCGGACAGCAGCAGCGCUCCGGUCAUCAGCUGUCGGGUCUGUCAGAGCGCCAUAUCAGUGGAGGGCAAGACGCACCAGCAUGUGGUGAAGUGCAGCAUCUGCAACGAAGCUACGCCGAUAAAGAACGCUCCUGUCGGAAAGAAGUACGUCCGCUGUCCAUGUAACUGUCUGCUGAUCUGCAAAGUCACGUCGCAGAGGAUCGCCUGUCCACGACCAUACUGUAAACGCAUCAUCAACCUGGGACCAGUUCACAUCGGGAGGGACAGUCCUGAACCGCAGCAUCAGCCCGUCGGCAUCAGGGUCAUCUGCGGACACUGCUCCAAUACAUUCCUGUGGACAGAGUUUUCUGACCGGACUUUGGCCCGAUGUCCACACUGCCGAAAAGUUUCCUCUAUUGGUCGGCGGUACCCCAGGAGGAGGAGCCUGCUGUGUUUCCUCUUGUUCAUAGUCCUCGCCGUCUCCACUGCAGGACUGUUGGUCGGCACGUGGAGACCCGCCCAGGAGUCUAAAGGGAUCUACGUGUCGUGGGCGCUGCUGAUCCUGCUCGCUCUCUUCACCAUGGCAAGAACCAUCUACUGGAGGUGUCUGAAAAUCAGCGACCCCAUAUCCAACAUCACGUAGACAGAGAGAGGGAGGGAAGGAAGGAAGGGAAGGAAGGAAGGAAGGAAGGUGAGGAGGCUGGGUUAGGAAGAGUAGAAGUGGAAAAGGAAAGCAGUAGGUGAUAUAAUCUGUUGUCAUUGAAGCAAAUGCCAGAGUUGACUGCACUGAAUGAGGCCUUUUGUUAAUAUGGAGAGGGAGGGAGGGAACGAUAGAGACGGAGGAGGAGGGAAGAGAGAAGGAAAGAUGUGUUGAACUUAAUACAAAUAUUCCACAGUCAUGCCAAAUUCGAUUUACCGAUGUGUGUGUAUAUAUACAUAUAUAUAUAUACAGUACGUAUAUAUAUGUAUAUGUGUGUGUGUGUGUGUGUGUGUGUGUGUGUGUGUGUGUGAAUGAGCUGCCAGCAUUUAAAAAACGUGAUUGUUAGUAUGACCCAGUACAAAGUGGGGAUGGUUGUUGUCCAUUUGAAAGAAGGUAGAUGUGUGAGUGAAAAGGCGAGACAAAGAAGAGCAGAGAGAAAUGUAUUUAAGGUAUUUUUGACCCAGUAGUUUUCUUCUAUGUUGGAUGAAUAUGUUGUUUCAGAGCCUGAUGCUGCUAUGUUUUGUUUUUGUUUUUUUUAAUUGAAGCUGCCAGUAACUUUUAUUCUCCCACAAAUAUAAAUAUUGUCAUUUCUGUGCCCUCAAAUCACAAGCAUUGAGUGUUGUCUCCAGGAAGGUGACGUGACAGCGCCUCACAUCACAAUAGGACCAGGCUGGGAUGCUAAAACUGACAGUAAUGAAAUUAUCCAGGUGAACUGAUUUAUUGAUCAACCCCAGAUUAAUACACAUACUGAAGGAUGAAAGAAGGAGGUGUCAUUCCAAGUGGAAACCCAAUAAUAGUAAUAAUUAUAAACGGAGCAUUUUGGAGAUAAAUAAAUUCAUUCCAGCCUUUAAAUUAAUUUAAUUUUGUUGUUUGUCCAACUGAAGAGUUUUGUUUCAAACUGAAGUAAACCACUGAGUCCUAUGCUCUGCUCUAAAACUGAUCAAAUCCAGGAAAUCAAGUAAACGAACACAUAUCUUUAUGUUUUGUGUGUAAAAAAAAAAAAGAAAAGAAAAGAAAAAAGUGUCAAAAUAGCAAGUUGUGCUUUUAUUUUGGAGGCUUAUGUGUGUGGCCAUUUCCUGUCUGCAGGUGAAAAAACAUUUGCUGAUUUCUCAAAAUAUCACAUCACUCCUUUAACCGACACUGCAGCAGCUCAACUCAGAUUUGGGCCGACAAACAUUCGAUCAGUUUCAGGUCACGUGAGUUCAUAUUUUUGUGGAAUAAAACUCUUCAGUGAUUCAGUGUUUGAAAUCUGGACUGAACCAUUUCACCAGGAUCAGCUGCCGUCACAUUUAACACAGGGGGGAAAAAAAAAGGGAGCAGACGGCAGAUUUAAAGGGCCAUGACAACAGUUUUUUACUUUCUGAAGUUCACUCUAUGAACUUCUCACCAACCACCAACUACUAAAAAAUAUCUCAAUAACCACAUAAAGUCGAAGUGCACAUAUCUUUUUAAAUACGACAUGUAUAAAGCACCAGGUAUGCUUUUUGUUUUGGGGCAUGUUUUGUUCAUGAAAAAGAACAUUUUUAAGUUUACUGACAAAUAAUUUAGAUGAAACUUUGCUUUAAAUGUGUUUGACUGUCACACGAAGGUGUGAUCAAAUGUGCUAAUUUGACCAGAUGUUACUUGAUGUUAAAAGUAACUUGCGUACAUAAUAUAAAGGGAGGGAAUUGUCAAUGUACACAGUUAAACUUAAAGAUGAAUAGACAGACAUUAACUGAGAAUAAGCGGCAUCAUCUCUUCUUUGUUUUCAGUCUAGGAGCACGGUUCUGGGUCGACAGAUUAAUCUGUCAGAAUUAGUGAAAAUCAUCAGAAGUAAACUCUAUAUUCUGCUGAAAACCCAAAAGUGCAGUCUUUGUUUGAGUCACUGAUGUAAACCACUUGAAGCACACACAGGGAAUGAUUUAUUUAUUUGUCCUCUCUCAUUUUAACUCUGGUGCAUCUUGUCUGAAUCAAACUAAAUUCAGCUGACACACUAGUCGAACCUGUUGGCGUCUGUUUCUCUGUUAAAGUGUAAAUAUAUCCAGUGGAUGUUGAUUAUUUUGGGGCUGUACAGAAUUAUCAGGGCCGUUGCUUCUCCCUUGUGGCUGAUUAAUAUAAGUACUCACUGACUGUGAAACAUGUUGCACUACACUGUACUGAUGUACUACUGCUGUAUGUUUUUGUCAAUGUUAUUGCGGUGGAUGGAUUGGUUUUUUUUUUGUAUAUUGUGGAACAAAUAAUACUUUUAACAAGG